CUUCAAUUUCCUCACUACAUAAUUCUCUUUCUGCAUCUCUCACUCAAUUUGCGCUCUUAAACUUCAUUAAAACUAGUCGUGUUAUAUCAGUACUUACGCUUACUUGAUUAAUUUUCAGAAGAACAAUGCAGAAAAUCAUACUGGAACUUGAUUUACACGACGACAGAUGCAAACAAAAGGCCAUGAAAUCAGUUUCUGGUAUUCGAGGAGUUAGUUCUGUAUCGAUGGAUACGAGUAGUAAGAAAUUAACAGUUAUUGGAGAUGUUGAUGCAGUAAUUGUAGUAAGGAAACUAAGAAGACAUUGUCAUACAAAUCUGGUUUCAGUUGAACAAGAAAAGAAGAAAGAAGAAUCCAAAAAGGAAGAACCGAAGAAAGAGGAACCAAAAAAGGUAGAGUCAAAGAAAGAAGAACCCGAAAAGAUUGAACCAAAGAAGGAAGAACCCAAAAAAGUUGAACCAUAUAAUCUUCAUAUCAUGCCUACACCUUAUUACUACGAUCAUCGUAUGCCUGCACAAUAUUAUGAUCCGCGUAUGAUUACACCUUAUUAUGAUCCUCACAUGACCUCGAGUUACUAUGCUCCGUGUGCCGAAGAAAAUCCUAAUACCUGUGUUAUUUGCUGAAGAGUCCAUUUAUUAAUGAAGGGUGGUGUAAAUUUAAACUUAACCUUCUGAUAACACUGACGAAAUUGCUUUGUAUUUAGUUUUAUAAAAUCUUAUGUUUAAUCAUUCAAAUUCAUUAUUAAUGUUUAGAACAGACACAAAAUAAAAGUAUGUAACGGGGAUAUUGUAAAGAAA